GUCAGGUUGCCAACGCCGUUUUCAAGCUGUCCACCGUCGCUGCGGCUACGGAGGAGUGCCGAGUGGGCCACACGCUGUGCCACUUUGAGAUGGGCCGCCUGCGAGACUUUCUUGAAGACGUUCUGAGCGACCGCGGCGACCGGGAAACACCGACCGUCGCCUCCGGGGACGAGGAUCACCUCUGCAGGACCUCGGUGCUCAUCACCAUGAGUCAGCUGCUUGGCCUGGUGGAUUUCGCGUGGCUGGCGCUGGAGAGCGGUGGCGCCGCGGUCGCAGCGGCGGAGCCGGGCGACGACAGCGACGACGACGAUGGCGUCGCGGCCGUCUGGAACGCUCUGCGCGGCCUGCCCAGGCGCCCGCCGCUCCGCUCGCGAUCGCCCAGCGCCGGCGCCUUCUCAUCUUCUUCUCUGUCCCUCGCCGGCGGCGGUGGCGGCGGCGGCGGCGGCGGCGGCGGCGGUGGCGGCGGCGGCGGUGGCGGUGGUUCCACCCCGCCGGAGAGGAGACGCGGCGGAAGCAGCGGAAGCGGCGGCGGUUCCACGCCGCCAGAGAGGAGACGCGGCGGUAGCGGCGGCGACGCCAAGAUGAGUGGAACCUCACCGGGAGGAACGCCGUCGACCAAACGGCGGCUACUUUCGCUCGGCAAGGCGAAGCACAAGCACUCCCUCGUGAGCCUGGUGCCUGCGGACCUCCGGGACGCGCCGACCGAUCUGCUCGCCGAAGAAGUGCUCGUUGUGCCGCUGGAGGGCGCCACCGUCGCCACGCUCGGCAUGAAGUCGGAGGCUCAGAUCCUGGCGGCUGAAGCGGCGAGCGAGGGGGCUACGGAGGAACGGCCGCGGGAACCCGGCGGGGAAGAGGAGACGUCGUCACGGGAGACGGAGCGGGAGGAGGAGGAGCUCCGGGAGGCGCCGGUGACCGGCAGCCAGAGCACGCUGAGCGACUCUGGUGUGAGUGGCGUGUCGAGCUCAGAGGUCAGCGAUGCGAGGUCGGAGGUCAGCACCGUGGAUCUGGAUGCAGGAAAGAAUCUUGCAACGAGGCCUCUCCGCGUCUGCUCAGCCCCGGUCAUGCGACCGUCGAUGAGGUUGAAGCUCUUCGACGAGGGACAAUCGUCGUCGUCGUCGCCGCCUUCCGCCCGUGACCACGACCACUCCUCGUCCGACGUUCCGACACCCACCCCUUCCGCCUCCUCCUCCUCCUCCGCCGUGACGCGGCGAGCCGUGAGCGACGCGAGCUGGAACCGGCCGGGGAACCGGACCGCGAUGUUCGUCGACCCGGAGGCGAUGCUGCUCCUGGUUUCCGGAACGCCCGGAGCGGCCGGGACGGCUGCCAUCGCCGCCGCGUCGUCCGCUCCGCGUGCCGCCCCGGGUCUCCCCGAGCUGUCGCACUCUCCGGAAUCCAUCCCGGACCUCGGGGACUUCACGUUGCUCACGUUGGAGGAUUCCGGGAAGUCGACGUCCUCCGAGCAGGAGGAUCGCGCAGCCAACGAUGACGAGAAGGUGGAGAAGUCCAGGCCCUGGUGGAAGAAAAUCUCCUCGAAGCCGAAAGGGUCGAGCGGCUCCAAGAAGAAGGAGAAGCCGGGAUCUCCCGCAAAGGUCGCCGCGCCCGUCGGUAAGGACGUCGCUGCUGCCUCCAAACUGGAUCCAGAUCCGGAGGAAAUUCUGGACAAAUACCGCGGCCUCCAGCAACACAGCCCCUGCACCACCCUCAACCACCACCACCACCACCACCCUCUGGCAGCGGCGACACGCGUGUGCGCCGGGGUGGACGUUACGGACGGACGGGCGGGCGAGCGACCAUGCGGCUCGCGCAGACUCACGUACAGCGUCCUGAAGGUGAAGCUGCGAGCGGCGUUGAGCUACGGUGUCCCUGCUGCGUUUGCCGGCACCCCCACGGCUCACGGUGGACACUGCCAGGCCGGCCCGGCUAACGCUGCGGUCGGAGUGCGUGCGGGCACCGCCGUGCGCCGCUUCCUGUGCGCCAGCCUCGCCGAGUCGCGUCUCUGCGGGGACGACACCCGCACGACGUGCGUCAUGGAGGCCCUGCGGUGCGUCUGCGGUGGAGGAGGAGGUGGAGCAGGAGGUGGAGGAGGAGGUGGAGCAGGAGGAGGAGGUGACGAAGAGGGCGAGGAGGAGGAGGUGGACGCGAGGUGCACGCGUAUCGUUGGCGAGCUGGAACGCGAGCACAGGGAGCGGUCCCGGUACGUGGCCUACCUGGUGCGGAGUCGGCGCGCUCUGCACGCCGCGCUGAGCCGCGUGAGCCUGGCCGAGGCGGUGGCGGCGAGCCAGCGAGCGGCCAGCGACUCGCGGCUCGCGGCGCUCUACGUGGACGCCUUCCUGGCGCUGCGCUCCGCCUCGCUCGCCGAGUUCGUCGCAGCCUACAAGCUCCUGACGGUGGAGGAUGAGAAGACUCCGCUGCUCCACGGCAUCCUCCGCUCCUUCGCUGCCGGCCUGGUGGACGGCGUCGUAGCCGGGACGGCUGGCGGCGGUGGUGACGGUGGCGGCGGUGGUGGUGACGGUGGUGGUGGCGGUGGCGGUGGUGGCGGUGGUGGCGGUGGUGGUGACGCCACGUGCCGCUUCCGUAGGCAAGUGGAGGCGGCGCUGGAGCGGAGCGUCGUGGAGAAGAUCUUCCGCUGGGCGUUCAACCCCAACGAUGACGCCGACGUACACCGAGACGAGUUGUUCUCCCGUCACAUCCAGCAUCUCGCCCUCAUCGUGACCCCUGACCACCCGGCCAUCCAGAUCCGCACGGCUUUCUACAACGAGGCCCCCUGGUGGCAGGCACAGGAGGAGCUGCAGCUGCUGUGGGCUUACAAGACCCCGAGCGACAAAGCUCGCUGCAUCCUGCGUGUGUGCCGCACGGUCGUGAACCUGCUGAGCUUGGCGACGGAGCGAGGGUCGGGGCCUGGCGCGGAUGACCUCAUCCCCGUCAUGGUCUACGUCAUAGUGCAGGCGAACCCGCGGGCGCUGCUGUCGACGGUGCAGUACGUGAGCAACCUGCACGCAGCCUCCAUGGCGGGGCACGACGCGUACUGCUGGCUGCAGUUCUGCUCCGCCGUCGAGUUCAUCAAGACCAUCAGCGAGUGACGCCCCUGGCGGCGGACUGACCCCCGCGGUCACGUGAGCAGGCCGGGGGGGGGGGACGCGGCUGGACUUGCGGAAUCCGGGAGGUCGACCGGUUCGACCUCCUCCUUCUCCCGGCGGGGCGGGCGACGGCCGAAACGCCGGACUUCAAAUCACCGCUUCCUGCCGAUGUCGACGCAGUGACCAGCGACUUGGACAACCGCGUCAGCAGGAGCCAGCGGAGUCGUCGUGCGAACGUCGUCGUCGUCAUCGUCAUCAUCGUCGUCGUCGUCGUCAUCAUCGUCGCCGUCGUCAUCGUCGUCGUCAUCGUCGUCGUCAUCGUCAUCAUCAUCAUCAUCGUCGUCGUCAUCGUCGUCAUCGUCAUCAUCGUCGUCAUCGUCGUCAUCAUCGUCAUCAUCAUCAUCGUCAUCAUCGUCAUCAUCAUCGUCGUCAUCGUCGUCAUCAUCGUCAUCAUCAUCGUCGUCAUCAUCGUCGUCAUCGUCGUCAUCGUCGUCAUCGUCAUCAUCGUCAUCGUCGUCAUCGUCAUCAUCGUCAUCAUCGUCGUCAUCGCUGUGAUUUUGUGGGGGGGGGGGGGGCAUUGCGUCAUCACAAGUUGCACUACGCUCUCCGUUGUGGAUGACUUACGGUCGCGCGUCACUACUACUGCCGGACAGGUUUCAAUCGUCCACCUGUGCGUCGGCUAUCAUCAUCCGCGUCUAACUGCUCCCUGCCACCGUGGUACGUGCGGCAGAUGUUGCUGAAGGGUGGGCCGCGUGGGGCAGCCUCGUGGAAGACCAAACCCCUCGCAAGAUCCUUGCGUUUGAAUCUCCGCGGAAGCUGCUCCCGGUAACUCGCUCUAACCGCCGUUCCCGCUCACGGCCACCAACCCCGGCGAUGAUGAAUUCAUCCGACGAGUGAGCUCGGCGCGAUGCGCGCAGUUAAUGUCGCCCGCUGGGGAGACAAAGGCGGCCGGGGACGUGGUGCUGGUGGGGGGGGGGGACUCCCCCCUCCAAGUUUGUCUUCGUGACUGUGAUCUGCGCGAAUCGGAACAGCGGCAGAAAAUUUCGAUUGAAAGCUUUCGUAACUGCAGGGAUUCAUCCUCUUGGUUUUUUCGGUGAAGUCACGUAGAAUGUAAAUAAUAAAAUAACUAAACUUAAUGAAAUACAAUUCUCACGACGUUUCGGCCACAACGCAGGCAGCCGUCCUCAGGUGAAGAACAGGGCUGUCGGAAAGACAGCGUCUGAAUGAACACCACCAAGCUUGGCAUCGUAUAUUUAAGCUGGGUUGGAGGAGGAAAGGGCGCCUUGACAAAGGAGUUUACAUAUCAACAGAGGGAUUUAGCAUAUUUAUGGAAAAUACAGAUAUGGGAUUAGUCACUAGUUGUGGAAUGUGUAGGUGGUGGUGAGGGGUCUCAAAGUCAUAUUAUGCUCGUGUAUUAUGUAGGAUUAGCAGCAACAAAGGGAGGAAGUAGGAUUAGCUUUCACGUAGUUAGAAAUAAAAUCAAGCAAAUUGCGACGUUUCGAUCGCAACAGCAAUUGGUGGUUGUCAUCAGGAAUCCCUGUGUUGCGAUCGAAACGUCGCAAUUUGAUUGAUUUUAUUUGUCUUACCUACGUGACUUUACCGAAAGAACCAAAGAGUAUGGGCACGUAAAAUUUCGAUUUAAAGCUUUCGUGACUGCAGGGAUUCAUCUUCUUGGUUCUUUCGGUAAGUAACUGCAGCUACAUGCUAUUAACAUUCCUUCCCUUUGUUAAUGCUACCCCUAUCCCCUCCCUUUGAUGCUGCUAAUCCUGCAUAAUGCACGGGCAUAAUAUGACUUUGAAAACCCCCUGCCCACCUCCUACGCAUUUCACAAGUAGUGACUAAUCCCAUAUCUGCAUUUCCCAUAAAUAUGCUCAAUUAAUAUUCUUAGGUUUGUUUGUUUUUUCCGGUAAAGUCACGUAGGUAAAACAUCAAAAUUAAUAAAAAAUAAAAUAAAGAUCACGACGUUUCGUUUUACCGAAAAAAAGAAAAAACCUAAGAAUAUGAAUCCUUGCAGUCACGAAAGCUUCAAGUCUAGAAUUAAUGCUCAAUUAAUCUUGAUAUGCAAAUUCUUUUGUCAAGGCGCUCUUCUCCCACCAACCCAGCUUAAAUAGACACUCCAAGCUUGGUGGUGUUUCAUUCUUCACCUGAGGACGGCUGCUUGCGUUGUGGCCGAAACGUCGUGAGAAUUAUUUUAUUAUGUUUUAUUUUUAUUAUUUUAUUAUUUCCCUUCUACGCGACUUUACCGAAAGAACCAAGAAGAAGUAUGGGCACGUUUUGGUCACGUGAUCACGACCACCCUUUGCUUGAUUUGCCGGCGGUGCGGCAACCACGACGCGAUUGAACGCAACGGGGCGUGGGGGUGUGGCGCGGUUACUGUUAUCGUCAUUAUUACGUUUUUUAAAAAUGAAUAUAUAUAGAGGAAAAGUGUACGGCAGGUGAAAGUUUUUCGUGCAAUGAUCUGAGCGUUUUGGGAAAUUCAUCUCAAUGGGUUGUGAUCUGGUUAAAUAAAGCAUUUCAAUCUCAAGCGAGAGAAAUUCAUCUCAAUGGGUUGUGAUCUGGUUAAAUAAAGGAUUCGAAUCUCAAGAGAGAGAGAAAUUCAUCUCAGUUGGGGUAUGAUCUGGUUAAAUAAAGGAUUCGAAUCUCAAGAGAGAGAAAUUCAUCUCAAUGUGUUGUGAUCUGGUUACAUAAAGGAUUCGAAUCUCAAGGGAGAGAAAUUCAUCUCAAUGGGUUGUGAUCUGGUUAAAUAAAGAAUUUCAAUCUCAAGAGAGAGAGAAAUUCAUCUCAGUUGGGGUAUGAUCUGGUUAAAUAAAGGAUUUGAAUCUCAAGAGAGAGAAAUUCAUCUCAGUGGGUUGUUAUCUGGUUAAAUAAAGCAUUUCAAUCUCAAGAGAGAGAAAUUCAUCUCAAUGGGUUGUGAUCUGGUUAAAGGAUUCGAAUCUCAAGGGAGAGAAAUUCAUCUCAAUGGGUUGUGAUCUGGUUAAAUAAAGCAUUUCAAUCUCAAGAGAGAGAGAAAUUCAUCUCAAUGUGUUGUGAUCUGGUUAAAUAAAGGACUUGAAUCUCAAGAGAGAGAGAAAUUCAUCUCAAUGAAGUUCUCAACUUGGUCGAGCAAAGGACGUCCACUAGCAGUGGAUAAGUCAAUGAAAUCGUGUUUUAUGAAUUGUAUUGACUAAGCUGUUUGUAUAAUAAUAAUAAAAAAAACACUACACACUGUUUCCCUGAAAGCGCAGAGUGCCUUUGUCUGUACGUAGUUCGUGUCACCGUUGAAUGUAUGAAGGUGGUAAAAGGUUGACGUGGCACUGAACCAGUGUUCUUAGGUUUUUUCGAUAAAGUCACGUAGGUAAAACAUUUUUUUUUUCAAUCUUAAUUUUGGAGCUUUCGUGACUGCAGGAAUUAUUCUUUGGUUCUUUCGGUUAAGUCACGUCUAAAGAUAAAAUAAUAAAUUAAAUAAUAGCAUAUUACGACGUUUCGAUUGCAACACAAGCAAUCAUCAUCAGGCAUAAAAGAACUAGCAACAAAAAUCUAACUAGAAAACUAUAGACAGACAUACAAGCAGACAGACAUCACAAGGACACACAGAGAGAGAACACAUCGGCACAA